AAAAGACAGAUAGAGUUAGAGGGAGAUGGAGAGGGAGAGAGAAAGAGAGAGAGAAAGUGUGUAAUUUCUCCCCUCCUGAAAACAAUACACGCCUUAUUAACCCUCUCCUGAUGAUAUAUGAAAGAACACAUGUGUCACCAGCUACUCAGUACUCCCGCGCGGGCCAUGAUUGUUUACACGUUGUUUAAAACCGAUCCGAUAAUUCGUCACGUCUAAAAACACGUACCCGAUGCGUUGUGCUCGAUUUUAACGUCCAACUCAAGUUAUUACAAUAUAAUAUUCAAAUAACAACGUAGGAAGUACUUCGUUAGGAACAAUGAUCUGCCAAAAUGGAACUUUAUCUCUAGAAAUUAAAAAUAUCCGCUCAACAAAUGUCACCCAACAGAUGCAUCACGUGUCCAGAGAGAAACGUGGUGAGGCUUACGGAAGAUUCAAAGGAUUUCGCGGUUGUACUAUUUGGUUAACGGGACUUUCAGGCGCCGGGAAGACCUCCAUCUCGUUUCAACUUGAAAAUUAUCUUAUCUCUCAGGGUAUUCCAGCGUACAGCCUCGACGGUGACAAUCUUCGCAGAGGUUUAAACAAAAAUCUCAGUUUCGGCAAGGAGGAUCGCGAAGAGAACGUACGGAGGGCAGCGGAAGUGGCAAAACUGUUCUCCGACUGCGGCAUAAUCACCAUUUGCAGCUUCGUUUCACCCUUCGAGGACGACCGAAAAUUGGCUAAAAAGAUUCACCACGAGUUCGAGUUGAAGUUCUUCGAAGUUUAUGUAAAAGCGUCCAUCGAAACCUGCGAGGCACGAGACUGUAAGGGACUGUACAAGAAAGCCAGAGAAGGUGCUAUUCAGAGUUUCACGGGCGUUGGUCAGAAAUACGAAAUACCUAGUCAACCGGAUCUCGUAAUUAAUACCGAGGUUAACGAUCUCGAAACGUCGACGAAAAUGGUGAUCGAGCUUUUGGAAAAGGAAGGAGUCAUUCCGAAAAUUCCAAAAGCCGUGGAAGAGUUGUUCGUUGAAGAGGAAAGGAUUCAGGACGCCAUAACGGAGGCAGAGAGUCUUCCCAGUAUCGAGAUCACCAAUAUCGACUUGCAAUGGGUCCAAGUACUCGCUGAAGGUUGGGCAAGCCCACUUAGAGGCUUCAUGAGAGAACAAGAGUACCUUCAGUGCCAGCAUUUUAAAGUCUUGGAACAAAAUGGAAGUGUCGUUAAUCAGUCGAUACCGAUUGUUCUUGCGAUUACGACGGAUCAAAAGGAGAGAUGCAGCGGCUCGACGGUACUCAGUCUAAAGCAUCAAGGUCGACUCAUUGCAAUUUUAAGGGCACCAGAAUUUUUUGCACAUAGAAAGGAAGAAAGGUGUUGCAGAGAAUUCGGUACGAACGAUCCUGGCCACCCUUACGUUAGGAUUAUUCAGAAAUCCGGGGAUUGGCUAGUCGGAGGGGAACUGGAGGUUUUCGAAAGAAUUAGGUGGAACGACGGUCUCGACCAGUACAGACUCACUCCCAACGAAAUUCGGGAAAAGUGCAAAGCGAUGGGCGCCGACGUUAUUUUUGCUUUUCAACUUAGGAAUCCGGUGCAUAAUGGCCACGCACUUUUAAUGCAGGACACGAGGAAAUAUCUUCUGGAGAAACGUGGCUUUAAAAAACCAGUUCUAUUACUGCAUCCUUUGGGAGGAUGGACGAAAGAGGAUGAUGUGCCGUUACCAGUAAGGAUAAAGCAGCACCAAAGUGUUCUCGAGGAAGGUAUAUUGCACCAAGAUACCAUUCUCGCCAUUUUUCCAAGUCCAAUGUUGUAUGCAGGACCCACGGAGGUGCAAUGGCAUGCGAAGGCAAGAAUGAUGGCAGGAGCAAACUUUUAUAUCGUUGGUCGCGAUCCUGCCGGUCUACCGCAUCCUGACAAGUCCAAAACGCCAGACGGUAAUCUGUACGACGCAACACACGGGGCAAGAGUAUUGUCGAUGGCACCAGGUCUAAAAAGUCUUGAAAUAAUUCCAUUCAAAGUAGCAGCUUAUGACAACAAAAAAAGAAAGAUGGCGUUUUUUGAGCCGGAACGAUCUCAGGACUUCAGUUUCAUAUCGGGAACUAAAAUGCGAGCAUUGGCAAAGUCUGGUGAAAAUCCACCAGAAGGUUUUAUGGCACCCAUGGCUUGGAAAAUUGUCGCAGACUACUACAAACAGAAGUAAAUAAACAUACGCAACGCGCUUGCGAAGGAUAAAAUUCACACACACGAAGUAUUUUUCUCUAACUUUAAUUUAAUCGUAAUUUCUACAAAGAAGACAUUUCUAUAAGAGAUAAAAAGUACAUUAAAAAUAAGUACAUACUUAAAAGUAAUUUAUUUAUAAUCUUCGUUAAAAAUGAUCCUUGACAAGGUGGGGGUGAAAAAUGCAAAUAAAUAACUGUAAUUUAUUUUGUCUCUAA